AUGGAUGACCAUCGCCAACACCAACCUCGUUCCUGGUACCAGGUAGACGGACCUAAAGCGUCCCCUGGUUUGGUCGCCACCACAGACGGUCAGACAGAUACCCGAAACUCAACACCAAGCAACAACGAUGCCUCUAGCAUGCCAAGCAACAACAAUACCUCUAGCAUGCCAGUGUCUCCCUUUUCUCCUGAGCCCAUCGUCGCGCCUCCCCCGUUCGCCAGACCUUGGCCCAACCCAGUGCAUUGGGGCUACAGGCCCGGCGCCGCUAACGAAUACAAUACCAUCUUUCGCCGCUCCUUCUUGACCUUGGCUAUUCACAACUGCAUAGUUACCAAGUCUAACAUCUUCGAGGAACGCUGGGUGGGGAGAAAUCUCGAAGGAAUUUGGCAUCUCUUGCCCGGGUCGUACCCCGGCCUUCAAGGCAACUGUCAAGUCGUAUGCGUACCGAGGUACUUGAUGCGCGAUAUAGUUGCUCUUUGGGACGAAGCCAGAGACAAUGUGAAUGGCUCUGCCAGUGGCUCUGCCAGUGGCUCUACCAAUGCCACGAACAAUGCCACGAACAAUGCCACGAACAAUGCCACGAACAAUGCCACGACCAAUAGCACGAACAAUGCCACGACCAAUAGCACGACCAAUGGCAUGACCAAUGGCAUGACCAAUGGCAUGAACAACGGUAUGAAUAAUGCCACGAAUUAUAGCAUAAGCAUCGGCACGAACACGCCGACCUACUUUUACCCGACUGAUCGAGAGGAUCUUAUACUCCUUGCUUGGCGCUAUUACCAAACCCCGGCUGGUGUUUGGUUUGAUGCACAAGGCCGGUUCAUCUCAAGUCGGUCCACGUCAAGUCGGUUUUGA